AUGGCAUUCAAGUACGUCCUGUUGUCCUUCUGCGCUCUGGUGGGUGUGGCCAGUGCUGGCUUCCUGGCUCCGGCCACCACCUAUGCCGCUGCCUCCAUUCCCGUGGUGGCCAAGGUGGCUCAGCCUCACUACGAUGCCGUGGGAACCACCCAGCAGAAUGUGGUGCGCUCCUUCGGCGGCACUGUGUCCACCUACUCCAAGAACGUGGUCACCCCGUACUCCAGUGUCAGCAAGGUGGACUCCCGCAUCACCAACAAUGUCUACACCCCCAAGACCCUGUACUCCGCACCUGCUCCCGUGAUCACCAAGUCCUUCUACGCCGCUGCUCCUGCUCCGGUCGUGGCUAAGACUGUCUACUCCGCUCCUGCUCCAGUCUACGCCGCUGCUCCAGCUCCAGUUGUGGCCAAGACCGUGUACUCUGCUCCCGUUGCCAAGGCUGUCUACGCCGCCCCAGCUCCAGUCUACGCCGCUCCUUCUCCAGUCGUGGCCAAGACCGUGUACUCCGCUCCUGCUCCAGUUUACCAUGCUCCUGCUCCUCUGGUGGCUGCCGCUCCCGCCGCCUAUGUGAAGUACUCGCCCGCCGCCGUGGUUGCCCACGCUAGCUUCGAUGGAUUCGGAUCCCACUGGGGAUACUAGGUCAGGUCAUCUCAACCUUUGUUGACACUUUGUUGAAUUGUCUGUACGA